CUUGUUUAAUCGACUCUCACUGAUCGCUUCAAACACACUCUUCCUCAACCUCACACCUCGCAACUCAACAAACGUAUCAACUGAACCAACAUGUCUGCCAUGGAUGUCGACAAGUCUCUCGAUGAAAUCAUCGCCACCCGACCCAAAGGUUCCCGAGGCCGAGGUUCCCGCCGAGGCACUUCCACUCCCCGUCCCGCCGCUUCUGCCCGUCCUCAGCAACAGGGACAGGCCUCGGGCGCUCGGGCCAAGUACGCCGGUGCGAUCCCCGCCGGUCGACCCCAGCAGCAACAGUUGGGCGUGAACCCGUUGGUGCAACAGCAGAAGCAGGCGACGAGCGAGGCUCUCAAGGUCAUCAUCAGCAAGUUGCCUCUGGACGUCGAGGAGGAGAGCGUCAGGGAAUUGAUGACCACCACCGUCGGUCAAGUCAAGGUCGUCGAACUCGCUUACGACAACAAGGGCAAGUCCAAGGGUAUCGCCACUGUCAUCUUCAGGCAAAAGGGAAGCGCGCAGAAGGCUUUUGAACAGUACAACAACCGGAUGAUCGACCAGAAGCGACCUCUCAAAGUCGAGGUCGUCGUUGACCCCUCGAAGGUCCCUCUCGCCGCCCGUGUUGCACCCAGGCCCGUGCCUGCUGCCGCACCCCCUGCUGCUGCUUCGCGAGGCGCUGGUCCUAUUCGACGUGGAGCUGCCCCUCGAGGAGGUGCUGCCAAGCGCGCUCCUAGGCCCAAGAAGACCGCCGAGGACUUGGACAAGGAGAUGCUGGAAUACGCCGCGGCCGGAACCACUACUACCACGGCUUGAGAUCGCCAACUCUUGUGACGUGACGAUACCUUUCAUCUCUCUGGUUCCGCUUGUUCGAAAAAAUCCGACUUCGAUCUCUCUUUGCGAACGAAAUUGUAUGAUAUCUGAUUAUUAAGGACCGGCUCAACUUGCACGCCCUUUCUGCACUUCUUGGUCCAACUCUGC